UUUAUCAUUGGUAGCGAUUUAUGUCCAGCUAUUCGAGAAGGAGGAAUAUUCUAUCUAUACGAGGUUUAUUCUUUUCGAUGCUGAUCAAAAAUGACUCGUACCCAGCUAUGUAAUUAGGUAGGUAUUCUUUUGCAGACCGUCUCCAGACUCUUGGAUAUAGAGUCGACCUCGUGCAAGUUCUUUUCGUUAAUUAUUGCAUGCUGGAGAUAUGCGGACACGAGGUGUUUCGCUGCAACAUCCAGAACUUACUAUUUAAUAUGCCUUACGAAUCGGACCCCGUGUGCCAGCGAGCGGUCAAGGCGGUUCAACAGGCGACUGUCAUGCUAAAUCGCGCUCGUAACCACUUGUGGAUAUGGAAACUCAUUGAGGAACAGAUCUUUGUGCGAAGUGCGUACGCACCCAAGGACUUCUGGACAACAGAAACAACGCAGUUAACGCCGUUUUCGACGUGCCUGGACUGCGUGAAAUGUUGCGGUAUACUUGCGCAAAAAAAGUAAAACAAUAAAUCAGAAACAAGUGGUUAGCGGAAAACUAAAUAACUAUCAGCAAAUAAAUAAAGUUGUUGUAAGGCGUAUAAAAUAUAGCCUGAAAUAGUUUGCUGAUCAAACAUUUUACUUCGUGGACUACACAAUAGGACAAACCAAUUUAAG